AUGAAGCGUGUUGCUAUAGUUGGAGGCUCUCUCACCGGCCUCAUGGCUGCUAUAAUGAUACGAGAUUUGGGCCAUGAAGUUCAUGUCCUAGAGCGAAGCGCACCGGAGGAGCUUCAAAGCCAAGCAGCGGGUAUGCAGGCUGGUCUGGAGGUUGAAGCCUUCGUCAAGCGUUAUAUUAAGGAGCCCGGAAACUACGGCAUCUUUGCGAACUCGGUGGAUGUUCUAAGCAAAGAAGGCGAAGUGGUUAAAUGUAUCCCAAUGUCUGUCCCCAUGCGUCUUGUUACCUGGUACGCGCUGUACAGGUUGUGCUUGGGCAUUUUGCUGGAUGCUAUACCGGGGAAGCGCAGCGCGACAUACGAGACUCAUCGACAUGUUACGGAUAUACGGGAUGAAGGGGACAGUAUGACAGUGGUCUACCGAGAUCUAGAAGCUCAGCGGGAGAAGGUGAUGCGGGUUGAACUUGUUAUCGGAGCUGAUGGCGCCAACUCCAUGGUCAAGAAGAAGCUUCUGCAAGAAGUAUCGCCAAGAUACGCCGGAUAUGUUACAUGGCGAGGGAGACUGCCUGAGAAAAACGCGUCACAAGAAACGCUAAUAAGAUUGCGCGAGAAGUGCACGAUACAUCGUGUGGAGGAUGGGUACUUUGUAAUAUACUAUGUCCUUGCUGGCUCCGCUGACGAGACCCCAAAAACACACGACAUUAUUUGGAUCUGGUACACCAACUUAGCAGAGGACUCGUCUGAGUUUCAUGAAGCCAUGACCGAUAGAGAUGGAAGAAGGCACUUCAGCACGGUUCCGCGUGGGAAGGUCCAGCCCAAAGUAUGGGCACAGAAGCUGGAAGAAGGUAGAGCGGCGUGCGCGCCCAUGUUGAUCGAACUGAUGGAGAAAACUGAGGAGGUUUUUCUGUCUGCCGUCCGGGACUCGACUCCAACGAAAGGAGUUUUCUCGGACGGAAAGGUGAUCUUACUGGGUGAUGCGUUGGCGCUUUAUCGUCCCCAGAGCGGCUCCAGUACGAGCCAAGCGGCUUUACAGGUGCUUGCGCUUGCCAAGGUCUUCGAGGGAAAGAUCACACUAGAAGAAUGGGAGAAGCAGGCAAUUCAGUAUAAUGUGCUCCACGAGGGAUGUUAUAUAGGCGAUGAUUGCAUUGUGUACAAGAAUCACGUAGUAAUGUGUAGGGGAUUGAGGCAGUGCUACUACAAUGGGGUUCUCUUUGUUCUAAUAUACAAGCAACUAAAUUGGGACGCAAAAACCUCUCCAUCCACGAGGCAGAAAUGA